UAUAAAUUUUUAGUAAUUAGUAUCAAUCAGUCUUUUAUAUAUUUAAUAAUCAAUAAAUUAAAAUUAAUAAAUGAAAUCAUGAAGAAAGAACGCACUGCCGACAAUUGUCGGCCCUUUAAAUUAGCCCAUCAAAUACUCAGUUUAACCGGAAUAAGUUUCCAACGAAAAAGUAUUAUUGGUUUUGUCGAACUAACGAUAGUUCCAUUGAGAGAUAGUUUAAGACUUAUUAAACUGAAUGCCCGGCAAUGUAGAAUUUAUCGUGUUUGUUUAAACGAUACAAUAGAAGCUCCAUUCCAAUAUUUUGAUCCAUUUUUGGAUAUUUGUCAAGGCGAUGGCAAGCAAAGGUCGUUGGAAUUUUUUUCAAACAUGCACUUAGCAGCAGCACAGAAAGUUGAUCCAGACAACAAUAACGGCGAGCUUGUUAUCCAAGUUCCACCUGAAGCAGCACACUUUAUUGCUGAAGGUCGUAAUUUGAGAAUAGGAAUUGAAUUUUCACUUGAACAACCCGAGGGUGGUGUUCAUUUUGUUUUACCCGAUUGUGAAGGAACAUUAGCUGAAAGAGGUGCCCACAUGUAUACGUACAGCUAUGAAAAUUCGUCAAGGCUUUGGUUCCCGUGUGUGGAUAGUUUUGCUGAACCGUGUACUUGGAAAUUGGAAUUCACUGUUGAUGAUUCAAUGACUGCAGUUUCAUGCGGUGAUUUAGUUGAAAUUGUUUAUACACCUGAUAUGAGAAGAAAGACAUUUCAUUAUGUCUUGAACACUCCAGCUUGUGCACCAAAUAUCGCUCUAGCUGUUGGGCCAUUUGAAAUUUAUGUUGAUCCAAAUAUGCAUGAAGUGACUCAUUUUUGUCUGCCGCAUCUUCUCCCGUCACUUAAAGUAUCGGCAAAGUAUAUGCAUGAAGCAUUUGAGUUCUAUGAAGAAACAUUGUCCAAUAGAUAUCCAUACUCAUGCUAUAAACAGGUAUUUGUUGAUGAAAUUGAUGAAGAUAUAAACGCAUAUGCGACAAUGAGUAUUUUAAAUACAAAUUUAUUACAUUCUACGGCAAUAAUUGAUCAAGUUUACAUAACUAAAAAAGCUAUGGCUCAAGCAAUUGCUGAACAAUUUUUUGGAUGUUUUAUUUCAAUGCAAAAUUGGUCUGAUAUUUGGCUACCUAAAGGUAUUUCAACAUAUUUGACUGGACUGUAUGCGAAAAAAUGUUUUGGUAAUAAUGAAUAUCGUGAUUGGAUUCAUUCGGAAUUGCAACAAAUUGUUAAAUAUGAAGAAGAAUUUGGGGGAAUUAUUUUGGAUCCUUCUCAGCCACCGACACCACUUCCAAUAGCUAAUAAUACACCAGCUCCAACUCCACGUGUUCCAGACCCUGGAUUUUAUUUUCCUAUUCGUAAUUUACAUACAAUGUCACCAAAAUAUAUCGAGGUGUUGCGUAAAAAAGCUCAUCUUGUUAUACGGAUGUUAGAAAAUCGUAUUGGUCAAGAAUUACUUUUGCAAGUGUUUAAUAAACAAUUGUCAUUGGCAGCAAAUGGAGCUCAACAAAAAAUAGAAUCUGGUCUUUGGCCACAGAUGUUAAUUAGCACAAAUGUUUUUACAAAAGCUAUUUUUACAGUUACUGGUAAAGAUAUGGCAGUAUUUAUUGACCAGUGGGUAAGAACUGGUGGUCAUGCCAAAUUUAGUUUGAGUUUUGUGUUUAAUCGUAAACGUAAUACUGUAGAAUUAGAAAUUCGUCAAGAUGCAACCCAUCAGCGAGGUAUUAGAAAGUAUGUCGGCCCACUUUUGGUUAAUAUUCAAGAACUUGAUGGCCCUUUCAAGCACACAUUGCAAAUUGAAGGAACUGUAGCUAAAGCAGAUAUUACUUGUCACAGUAAAAGUCGUCGUAAUAAAAAGAAAAAAAUUCCACUUUGUACUGGAGAAGAAGUUGACAUGGAUUUAUCAGCGAUGGAUGACUCACCUGUACUAUGGAUUCGUCUAGAUCCAGAUAUUACUCUGAUGCGAGCUGUUCACAUUGAACAGCCUGAUUAUCAAUGGCAGUAUCAAUUGAGACAUGAACGAGAUGUCACAGCUCAAGUAGAAGCUAUUGAAGCAUUACAAAAUCACGCGACACUUGCUACACGUCAAGCUCUUACUCAUACUAUUGAAAAUGAACAUUGCUAUUAUAAAAUACGUUUACGUGCUGCUCAUUGUCUUACAAAAGUCGCAAAUGCAAUGGUUGGUAAUUGGGCUGGACCUCCAGCUAUGCUUACAAUGUUUCGAAAACUCUAUGGAUCAGCUUCUUGCCGAAGAAUAGUUAAACAAAAUAAUUUUACUAAUUUUCAACAUUACUUUUUACAAAAAACAAUGCCAGUUGCUAUGGCUGGUCUUCGCAAUAAUCAUGGAAUUUGUCCGCCAGAAGUACUUACUUUUCUCAUGGAUUUAUUUAAAUACAAUGACAACAGUAAAAAUCGAUACUCAGAUAAUUAUUAUCGUGCUGCAUUGAUUGAAGCUCUUGGAGCAACGGUUACUCCGGUUAUCAGUGUGCAACAAGGAACAUCAAUUAAUUCAGAGUCACUAUCUGUUGACACAAAAGCUAUUCUAGAAGAAGUUACAAGACAUUUAAAUCUAGAAAAAUUACUACCGUGUUAUAAAUAUACCGUUACCGUUGCAUGUCUUAAAGUUAUAAGAAUUUUACAAAAAUAUGGACACUUGCCGAGUAAUCCACAUUUAUUUAAAGCUUACGCAUCUUAUGGACAAUUUAUUGAUGUAAGAAUCGCUGCUCUUGAGGCUCUGGUAGACUUUACAAGAGUUGAUGGUAAAUGGGAGGAUUUAGAAUUUCUUUUGGACAUGGCGGAAAUGGAUCCACAUCCAGGAGUACGUCAUAGACUUGUCAGACUGAUGGUUGAAACUCCGCCAUUUGACAGGUCUAUUAAGCAUCGUCUAGAUCGUCCAGAAUUAGUUGACAGAAUUUGGAAUCUUAUUAAUGGAAUGUUAUCACAUGAUUCUAAAUUAAGAUGUGAUUUUGUUGAUUUAUAUUAUACAUUGUAUCGUUCUAAACGACCACUUUGUCUUCCCAUUCCUGAACUUGCGGGUAUUUUAAAGCCCAAAAAAGUCGGACCACCCACAGAAUCUGAAUGUCAAGAUUCUCAACGAGUUGUGAAACCUCCACCAGUUACUAAGCCAGCUCAAGAAAUAAUUGAUCUUGAACUACCAGAGGUAAAUCCCGGAACAAAAAGAAAACCUUCACCCAUAAGAGAAUCUGUCCCUGGAAUAACUGGCGGUCAAGAACAUGUACCUGAACCUAAACGGGCUAAAAUCACAAAUGAACCAUCUGAAGAUGGAAAAGUCAAGUCUGAAUAUUAUAGUGAUAAUUCAGCGUCACUACCAGGUCUUACGGGUACCGCGCCAGCUGGACCUGUUGGUUUUGAGCCAGGAAUGUUUAAAAAAGAUUCCGAUGAUCAUAAACCCAAAGGCGAUUCCAACAAGGUUAAAAAAAAGAAGAAAGAUAAGAAGAAACAUAAACACAAGCACAAGCAUAAACAUGACCACAAACACGGAAAAGACAAAGAAAAGAAAGAUAAGGACAAGAAGAAAGAAGACAAAGGUAAAGACAAGGACAAAGAAAAAGACAUCAAGGAUAAGGACAAAGAGGCAACAAAUUUAAAACUUAAAGAAGAAACGCUGUCGUCUAAUAGCUCUAGCCCAAGUCCUGAGCCGACGAAUAAUAAUGAGUUUCUAUAUCCAUAAAAAUAUUAUUAUUUUUUCUUUUCUAUUAAGUCUGGUAAUUUAUUAUCACAAGUUUUUUUUUUUAGAUAUAGAAGUUAU